AGCAGCUCCAGCGGGCAGAGCGGCCUGGAGGCGGGCCAGGGCGCCAUGGAGGCAGGGGGCUCCCCAGGUUUGGAACAAAGACCUCACAUGCAGGUCCUCUGAGCCUGGGCCAGCAGGAUGGUGGAGCCCAAGAGAGGCCUCAGGCAGGAUGGCUGGUGCUGAGAGGAGCCAGUGGUGACGCUGGUGUCCAUAGUGGCAGCUCCAUCUCCUGAAGAUGAAGUGGCCCAGGUAAAGCACAGGCCAGGCCUAAUGGCCAGCUCGGGGACGGAGGUCCACUGGGCCGAGCCAGGCCUGGGGAAGGGGCCCCAGCGGCGGCGCUGGGCCUGGGCUGAGGAGGAAAAGGAUGCUGAUGGGAGUGGCCCACCCAGCUGGGGAGAAGAAAGACGCUUUCCCGAUGCCACCAGCCCUGAGCUUCUGGAGGACUUCCGCCUGGCCCAGCAGCACCUACAGCCACUGGAGCGGGGCCUGGAGCUGCAGCCUCAUGGGCACCAGGAUUCCGAAUCAGGAGAGUCUGCGGAAGAGGACUUUGAAGCAGAGGAUGUGGACAGCCCAGAAAGUUCCAACUUGCCUCUCACCUGGCUCCCCAAGCAGGACCCUCAACGAGACAUGACAGAAGAGGAGCCAGAUGAGGCCCUCAGAGAUCAUGAGGCUGAGGAAGCUGGAAAGAGCUCCCCAAAGUUGGGGUAUGAGACUGGUUUCUGCUCCAGAAACAAUGGAAGCAUCAGCCUCAUGGCUCCAGAGUGGGGUCAGGCCACAGGCUGGGUGGCCUCUGACAAACAAGCCAGUGGAGACAAACUUCCAGAACAUUCUGAGGUCAAUCCAACUGUUGACCUCAGCUCUGCAAGGUCCUGGAGCAGUGGGACUGAAAGCCUCGACCACCCUAGUGACAGCCUUGAUUCUACCUGGGAAGAAGAGGCCAAUGACCUCCAGCCCCCUGCCCUAACAGAAACUUCACCCCAGAGCCCCAGCCACCACCUCCUACACACAGACGACAGAACUGGAGAAAGCGUUGCUCUGGCAACCCCCAUGGAAUUCCAGGACUCGUCAGCACCCCCAGCCCAGAGCUUCCAGUGUCCUGCAGAUAGAUGGAGGAGAGAAACUACCAGUUUCUCCUGCCCUCAGCCCAGGGACCACGCCUGGAAGCGGACACGGAUAUCACCUAAGGCGCUGCCUUCCCGAUUCACCGGCUCCAUCAGCCCCCCGAAUCCUCCGCCGAGGCCAGCUCAGCAGGACAGGCCGCCACCUAGGCAGAGAGCCACUCUGGCUGGCCACUCAUCUUCUGACGCCCCCAAGUAUGGCCAGGGGCAGCUGAACUACCCGCUUCCUGAUUUCUCCAAGGUGGGACCCCGGGUGAGGUUCCCUAAAGAUGAAAGUUACCAUCCCCCCAAGGCUAGGAGGCACAGCAGGCAGCCUAAGGACCCUGUCAGGCCACUGAUCUUCAAGUCACCUGCCGAGAUUGUGCGGGAGGUACUGCUGAGCAGUGAAGAAGCCUGCCAGGGAAAGGACCCACCUCCAUCCCACCCCAUCACCAAGGUACCUCAAGAAUUUCAGACGCCUGAACAAGCCACCAAGCUGGUCCAUCAGCUCCAGGUAAGCUGGACUCAUUUCUAAAGGUGUGUCACUAAUGCGCCUGCUGGCCUGGGUGGUUUGGAAGCUGGUUGGAAGGUGAACCUGUACUCCGACCCGCCCCAGCCCAGCCACAGCAUCUACACAGGGACAGUGCCCCAGGGGACCAAGGUCUUGUCCUUCACCAUCCCACAGCCCCAUUCUGUGGAGCGGUGGCCAGGCUCUGCUGAGGCCCCACAGGCCUCCGAGGCCUCAGGGUGGUCAUCAGCUGGAGGAGACCUGAGCCCCUCCUCGCCCACCAGCGCACCCAUCCCAAGGUGGCUUCCGGAGAACCUGGGCAUCGCCCAGGACCAGCCCUCAGGAGAGCAGACCCAGGUGCUGGCUUCUCAGGCCAGCCGGUUCCUGGCCAAGGUGGAGUCCUUUGUGGGGCUGAUGCAGGCAGGACGGCUGACACCCCAGGAUCAACUCAAGGGUUUCCAGCUGCUAAAGGCUGCCCACUCUGCCCUGGAGGAAGAAUACCUGAAGGCCUGCAGGGAGCAACACCUGGCUCAGCAGCUCGCCGGCUCCAAGGGGACACCUGGGAAAUUUGAUCCUGGCAGGGAGCUGGAGGCAGAGAUAUUCCAGCUGGGAAUUCGCCUGGAAGAGCUGAAGGACCACAUGGACCAGAGCCAGCAGGAACCUCAGCGAGCCGGGGCAGACUCGCCUCUGGACAGCUGCUCGGCCACCCCCUCCCCCCGCCAGCCAGCAUGUCCGCCUUCUCCCUCAGACCAGGCGCCCCCGCCUGCCAUCCAGACCCUCUGCCCUGAGCCCGAUGCCCCCAGCAUUGGCCCCUGCCCACCGCACCUGGACGUGGAGGGGAGCGCUGCUGGCAGUGAGUCAGGGGACGGGCCACUGGGCCUCCCGACCCCACUCAGGCACAAGGAGCUGCAGGUGGGGCAAGACUUCCACAGGCUCCUGGACCGGUACCUCAGUGUGAAGUCCCUCCCAGAAGCCAUGAGGGCAGAGGAGGAGGAGGAGCAGGAAGGAGAGCAGGGCCCAACCAUGGAAGUGGACGGGCUGGCUCCAGCUCCAGGGAAAGCAGAGACCACCAGGCACCCCUCAAGGCAGCUUCCGGCACAGGCUGAGAGAAGUCACGGGGACCCCCUUGACGAGACUGUGGAGCCGAUGGUGUCCAUGAAACCAGCAGGCUUCCGUGCAUCCAUGGCCAGGGAUGGGCACCUGCUGGGCCUGGGCAAGGCUAAGGUAGCUCCUCCGAGCCCUGGCAGGCCUCCCCAUUCCCGGGGUACCAAGUCCACAGCAUCCCACCAGAGCAGUCUGACCAGCCUGGAGGGAAGCGGCAUGUCUGAGCGCCUCCCACAGAAGUCUCUGCACCAAGCUGGUGGUCCCCACGUGGAGGAGCCCUGGAUGACAUCCCCCGAGACAGACAGUGGCUUUGUGGGCUCAGAAACCAGCAGAGUGUCGCCCCUCACCCAGACCCCAGAGCACCGGCUCUCCCACAUCAGCACCCCAGGGAUAUUAGCCCAGCCCUUCACUGACUCCGUGCCCCGAGAUGCAGCCUCCUACCCCCAGACCAGAGGUCCUCCGGUCCCCAGAAGAGCCUCUGAGCCCAGCAUACCCAGGAGCCGAGCCCAGAGGCACCCCUCCAGCCGAGACAGUCCUCACCGACAGAGGGCGCCCAACUUCCGUCCGGAGUGGGCGCUGACAGCUGAGAUGGCUGUUCCUGACUUGGAAUUGGAGAGACGACAGCGGACUUCUGAACAGCUUCCUCCCAGCACAAGAGUCAGCCCACCCCCGACCCCAGGCCUUGCAGCUGCUGCUCUACCCCACAGACCGACAGGGACCACCGCCACCCUCCUCACCAGGACAGGGCGAGACCAGGCCAUCCGGGAGCUGCAAGAGGAGGUGUCCCGGCUCCGCCUACGGCUGGAGGACAGCCUGCACCAGUCACACCAGGGCAGCCUGACACCUCCAGCGUCUACCUUCACCCGCCCUGCUCGGGCCCGGGACCGGCCAGCAGACUCCCCAGCCUGGUACUCUCACUAUGGCAGUAAAUCCACAGAGAGGUUGUCCUGUGAGCCUGGAGGUGCAGAGCAAGCUGUUCCCCUAGGGAGGCGGCGAGCCAGAUCCUCCUCGGUGCCUCGGGAGGUGCCCCGACUGUCCUUGAGUUCUGAUUCUGAGCCAGCGUUCCCCGAGCUCUUCUCAGAGAAGCGCAGGACUACCAAGGACAGCCCACAGGCAGCUCAGGACAGAACGAGAGGAAUGGGCAGAGCCGGACGGCCAGACAAGGUCACCUUCCGGGGCCAAUACACAGGCCAGGAGUACCAUGUUCUGACCCCCAAGUUUGUCCCAAAAGGCAGUAGCACAGUUUCCUGUUCCCACUGCCAGCCUGUCAGGACCCAGGACGCAGGUGGUGCUGUCAUCAGGGACCCACUGGGACCGUCUCCCACUGAUGCCCUGCGAUGUCCCCUGUGUGGUCAAGUUGGGUCCCCCUCAGAGGGGGACGGCCCAGACACAACCACCUCUGGGGCAGAAAAGGCCACCACGAGGAGAAAUGCACCUUCAACUUCCAGCCCCAAGCAGAGGAGCAAGCGGGUGGGGUCGCCACCCCGGCCGCCCCCUGGACUGUGGUAUCUGGCUGCUGUGCCUUCGGUACCAGCCCCUCCUGCUUUUGGCUACGUGUCCUCGGUUCCUGUCAUGCCUUACCCGUCAGCCACUGUGUUCUAUGCGUCUCCAGGAGGACCUACCUCAGCCCCCUCAGCCCAAGCAGCUGCUGAGUGGCCCCCCACAGCCCCCUCCCGGCCAGCCAGAGGACACCGGCACUCUAUCCAGCUGGACCUCGAGGACCUGGAGGAGCUCAACAAGGCCCUGAGCCGAGCUGUGCAGGCAGCCGAAAGUGUUCGCUCCACCACCAAGCACAUGAGCCGCUCACUGUCGGCCAACCUGCGCCAGGCCCACAGCCUGAGAGGCUCCUGCCUCUUCUGAUGGAAUUUGCGGCUCAGAGACAGACGGCGGGCAGGUGGGCAGGCAGCUUGCUGCUGUCCCUCAAGCCAGAGGUCUGCUGGAGCCAUUCCCGAAGGGCCCAUGGGUCCUUCACCAGGAACUCUCUCUCCAGCACAGGCCCUGCCUGCUCAGUGUCAGUGUUUUCAAAAUGGAAGGGCCCUGGUUAUCAAGAGAAGUAACUUCCCAGGGGACCAGCCCCUGAAGGAGGCCCUGGGACUGAGGCCGCCUUCCGUCCAGAUGCAAACUCGGGGAGUCUCCCAGUCCUGUACGUGUCCACCUCCAGCUAAUAAUAUGUAUUUUAUAUACAGUGGACAGAUAGUGUUUUAAACUGAGGAGUUUUCCUGGGCUUGGGUCUUCCUUAGGAGGCCAGAUAAGAAAGGAUGGGGCCAGGGUCUCUGGCACAAACUUGUCCACCCACCUGUGACCAGCCACUUGGGAGUAGGCAUCUCUGGAAGGACAUGGCUGGGGAUGUUUUUCCUGGUGGCUGGCAGUGGGACAGUUUGGGACCAUUGGAAUGUCUUAGGAUGCAAACCUCAGGAUGACACACACACACCCGCCUUCACCAUGGUUGGAGCGGCCUUUCCAUGGGCCUGCUGGGAUGGAGAUGCCCCACGGAAGGCCCGGGAAGCUGUCCACCAUGGUCCCUCUCAGCACCUCAUCCUAAGACCCCCAGUCUCUCCUGGGGACCUGUGGCAUUUGACUAGUAGCCAGCUACCUGCCAGGCCCCAGUUUGUGGCCCUGAGGCCAGGCCGUUUCCUGCUCCCCAACCCCAUAGCAGUGUGUACCUCAGCUUUUCUGGAAUGUGUGUGCAUCAGUGAUAUAUGUAUAUUUGAGGCAUUUAAAAAUUCUAUUUUCGUUAUGAAAGCAAAUGAAGAAUUGAUCUUAAAAAAAGAAGAAAAAAAAAACAUUGCCAAAGCUGCCCGGGUUUGUGGUGAUGUGUGGUUUCUAAAAUCAGGCCUGUGGGGUGGGACCUAUUAGGUGGACAUUUCCAGACUUCCUGCCUCUGUCUGGUAGCAUCUAUUUCUCCGACUUUCCCCCUCUGCCCAUCUCAGAACCAUAAGCCUCUCGACUGGAGGAGUAUGUACGGAGAGACUGUCUGGCCAAGCCCCUUUUUUUUGAGGCCAGAGGUGUUACGAGACACAUAGCAAACGUCUCUGCAAAAGCACCAGCCUGCACUCUUUCCAGUGCUUCUUUCAGUAGCAAACAGCAACAACAACUGCCGUUUAUGGCCAGCUCCACACCAUGCAUUCAGCAGCCCUCCAGGUUCCCACUGUGUCCCCACUUGAUUGAUGAGGAGUCUGAGGUUUCGGCCCGCGUUCACCAUGGUCUGACUCCAAAGUCCAUAUUCUUUGUUACUGAUUUUCUCUACCUGAAUUUCCAUGCUUCCCCACCUCACCCCUGACUCCUGCUUGUUCCUGUGGCUUUUUCGCCCAUCUUCCCCGCCUCUCUCGUCUCACUUGCUUCUCCCUGCUCACCAGCACCCAUUUCCAUUUCAUUUUUCAGCUGACCCUUCUUAGUAGAGUUGAAAAUGGCAUCUUGCUGAAAGUGACACUAAAAUGGGAAGAUUACUUGUAAGUUCUGAGCCUCCGGGACCAUAUCCUUCUGGGUGCCAAGAGGCUGUCCCAUAGAUAACAAGAUGGGAAGGGGGGCAUCCAAGGUGAGAGGCAGGGCAGUGUCCCCAGCCUCAGUGCCCUGGGCUCAGCGGUGGCUCCAGUUAUGAGCAAAGGACGCUGGAGUCUUGGGUCCCUGGAACCUGACCCUUUGGAGGGCGUCUGCAUGUGGGCCAGGCCUGGGCAUCAAGAGCUGAGGUUAUGAUCCUAGCGCGCGAGGUGGCUUAGGCCACUCCCACAGGGAACUUUUCGAACAAUUCAGCCCCAGCUGUUUGGCCACCUCACAUGCUUCCCUCACGUGACCAUACAUCACGAAGCCCUCAGGUCUGGAAGGAGGCCGGCCUUUCUUGCUGGACUCCUGGCUUGAGGAGCUCAGUUCUCUUCAUUCCACUACAUGAGAUGCUUCAGAUACAGCCCCAUCUGGAGGGCUCCAAACACAUUUGCCAGGUAGCUGGUUUCUAGGGGCCAGCCUCGCCCCUAGGUGUCUUAAGUUCCUUUGGGUGUUGGAUGGGCACCCUGAGGUCUCUUCAUGGAGACACACGGCCCCUCUGGCCUAGGCUUCCUCAUCUUCCCCGCCCUGGCCCAGUUCCCCACCUCUUGCCAGGAUGCUCGCAGCCUCUGCAGCCGUCUUCCUGCCUCCAGUCUGGCCCCUCCCAGCUCUCCUCCUGUGAUGGCCAGGGUGAUGCCUGCAGUAAAGUCCUUUAUGCCCGGCACCACACACCUGAGUCUUCACUGCCCCUUAUCCACCUGAACUCCUGCUUAGGGUUCCUCUGCCUUGAUGUUUUUCAAACAUGUCUUCUCAGAUCCUUCGCUUGCAGUGGGAAUAACGGAUGCUAUGAGGCUCCUAAUCUUUCUAGACUGAUUCAGAUGCCGCUUCCAGGAAACCUUCCCAGACUUCCCCACUGCUGAAGGAACUUUCUUCAUAUGCGGGGCUCCCACACGUCAGCGCAAACCAUCCCUCCUAGCAUGUGUACUGGUUGUUACAGCAGAGGCUCUUCCAACCAGGGGCAGGGUCUUAUCCUGUGG